AUGAGGGGUAAUGGUCGUGCCUCCAAGGGCCUUCAUGCUCUGCUCGACUCGGGAUCUGGGCAAGGAGAACGACAUCCUUCGGAUGCACCGUCUCUCGAGGGCAUGUGGCGUACUGCUAACUACUACUACUAUUACGACUACUACGACUACUACGACUACUACGACUACUACGACUACUACGACUACUACGACUACUACGACUACUACUACUACUACUACUACUACUACUACUACUACUACUACUACUACUACUACUACUACUACUCACAGUAG